AUGACCCGAUUGAUAAGGAAACCGCGGAGACCAGCAAGUUUCUUCGCUUACUUUCGUCCGGAUUUUCCUGAAAUUUUGCGCCUUAUUUGUUGUCAUACACAACUUACUCAUGCGGUGAUACAGGAUCUUGAAAAUAGAGACGUGAUAUAUGCUGAUGGCAGUUCGAAGCAAGAUAUGAUACCAGGAGAGGACAAGGCAUUUGUUUUUGUAUCAGGAGGAAUAUGUCCAUUCGAUGAUGAGGACGUGGAUGAUGUUUACCUCAGGUAAGCUUGUUUUACACAUCACAUGCCCAUGCAAGAACAAGGCCAGGAGCGCAUCCCAUCUUUCAAGCUACACAAAUUCUUCUCCCCCCACCCCCACCACAGUAGAACCGCUUUGUAAUUGAAUAAUCAUGUGAAUCGGUGGUUAAGUAUCCUUUUGACUUUGGCAGGAAGUUACUUGAAGAUUUUCAUUUUUUAUACCACAUGUAACGUCUCUCAACUUUCAACGAAGUAACCGGCCUCAUGCUCUCAUGCUACAGGCAACCGUAGGACGCCGGUAGGGAGUAAAAAUGUUUCCGGCAUGUUUUUUACCUAUCUUGUUGAUUCCGAAUUCAUCCCAGUCGCCAAAAUUAAAAAAUGAAAUGCAAAUUGAAUAAGUAAGGCCUUUGUCUUCAUUAUUUAUUAAGCUUACUCUAAGAGAACCGUUAUUACGGCAUGAAUGUUUUUGGUUUACAUUUGAACAGGCUAUUAGAAGACGAGUUCAAGACUGAAUUGCGAGUUCGUGUUGUUAAAUACGAAGACCCAGCAAAAAUAGAGUUCCAUAACACCUUGACAACUACAGGAAGAAAGAGUCUGUUGUGUAAAUUUCACUUGCCCAUCCAGAACGUUCCACUUGCGGUUAGUAGAUUUAGAUUUCACAUUAUUAAGUUGUAUACAUUGAUGUCAUAUCACUUUUUCAUUUUUGUCAGCAUUAAACCCUCUUAAAAUGUAUAAAGUUGCAAUGAAAAGCCUCUGACAAUGAGCAUUAUCGAGGCCUUUUAGUGACGUUUUGAGACCGAGAAUAUUAGUGGGAAAAAUAGAACAUUAGGGUGGAGUAUUUUAGUGGGGAAACAAAAGGAUUUUUAGCGCAACACAGCAUUUCAACAUUGUUUCGAAUGGUUGCAAAAUUGUUCCAACAUUCCAACGCUUUGUUGCGCUAAAAAUUGUCGUUGCGAAUCGUCCCGUGUAACAUCGCCCUUAGAGGUUAAGGUUAGGGUUUUGGUUUUCGUUUGCUCUAGGGUUAGGGUCAGGUGACUCAUAUACGCUUAAUUCUCGCCGUAUUCCCUGGGUACUUUGAAGGUGUUUAGUUAACUCGUAUACCUUAUGUCUCAGCAUUACUAGUUCGUUUGCUAAGGAAAACCUCCAGGUAGAUACUCCUGAUAAUAGAAUUAUUUGACCGUGACUGGUAAUCCAGGUGCAUGUACGCUGAAAGUCUCUACCUUUUAUGCCUUUUCAGGCCCGUCACGGUUUGAUGGAGCUUGCGCAACAACCUGGUAAGUUUUUGUUUCUUAUUUCCACUUAUUUCCUUAAAGUUCAUUUCGACAAGGCAUUGUCCAUCCUCAAUAAUUAAGGUCUAUAAGGUCGGCUUGUCUUAGCCAAAAGUUCAGAGCUCGGUCCUUCGCGUAUUGAAGCCUCUAAACUGAAAACAUUUAAGUCUGGAACUUUGUUGAAUUAAGCUGCAUUAGGCUGUAUAGAAGAACAUCACACUGCUCUAAGGCAAGAAAACCAGCCUGGAUAACGUCAAUUAUUUUAAGAUUGCGGUGUUUAAAAGCUCACUUCCAUUCUGUGUGACUUUGGCAUUAUCAAAAGUCAGUUGUAAGCUUACAUGCAAACUCGUUUACCAAGUUACUUAACAGUGACUUAAGAAGGUCUUGAUAAGCUACACAGUCAAUUUUUGUACCAAUAGGUGGUCAGUGAAGUCUUAGGCCUAGGCGAGACGUUGAACUUUUCAUGAGACUAACCAGGCUCUAAUUGGGUCGUUCACAAUAAGUUAAGAUCGUCUGUUGGGUCAGACUUCGAACUUCGGACGUGUCCCACCAAUCAACUGAAUCAGAUCAGUAACAAUUUUUCUCCCAAACGAGGCUAAAUAUGCAUUAUCAUACAAUUGUUAAUUUAUUAGCUUACUUUGUCGCGUGCAUGUGAAGGUCGACGUUUGUCCCGGAGACGAUCUUCAGACGUUCUAUCCGUCUGAUGGUGUUGGACGAUCCAAACUCAUUCAGACGAACUCAAAUGAACCAGACGUCGAUCUUUUCAUACACUUAACUCACUGAGUUCGUUCGUCUCAUGAAAGGUUGGUCAUUUGGUUUAAGCCUUAGUAGUUGAGACUUUGAAGUCCACCAACCGUGAAAGAGGCUUGUAAUGCACGAAUCACUGACAGCCACAGCGCUACAAAUAAUCACGCCUGCAAGCCUCUGUGCACAGCCAAUCAUUACCAUGUACUGUCUGAUGAAGAGCAAAGGUAGAACGUGAAAAGGCUGAGUAGGUUUUAUAUGCAAAAACACCAAUAGCUUCCUGUCAAUUUUGAACUGCGGAGUGAAGAAAUCACUGCCCUUCCGAGGAGAUCAUCACAAUUAAAUACGCAACUUAUACUGCUGCGAAAAGAAAGCCUAGAAAAAAAAGGCUUGCUGGGAUUCAAACCCUAACCUUGCCUUCUUCUCUCGCCCCUUCCCCCAUAGUUUUCUUUUCCGUCCUCGGUUCAGCUUUCGCGCGGCUGAAUCUCUUUCUUUCAAAACCACGAAAUAAAACACACCAAAAAUACCGCCAGCUACGCAGGCUAUCGAACUUGGUCCUCUUAUGAAUUCCUACCGCCCUUAGUUUGGCCAUGUAUUAAAUUUGAUCUGGAUGUCUCAUUCAUGUGCAUAGUUUAUUCCGUCGGUCUGAAGAUGGAGGAUGCAUCACUUAGUAUCUCCAUCGACUAUUUCAGUCCAUGAUCUCCGUCGCGAAUUUUAAGUAGAAUUUUUCCUUUCACAGAGAUCAAAGAUGGCACUCCAACACAAGAUGAAUUGGAAGGUCUGUCAAGAAAAAUCAGUGACAAGUGGAAAAAGCUUGGGCGUCGGCUUCAGUUCGAUGAAGCACAGAUUACAGACCACGACAAAAAAGAUAAUGAACUUUCUGAAAAAGCAUACUAUUUGCUGAUGGCUUGGAAAUCUAGGGACGCCUCAAAUGCAACUUACCGUGUUUUGCACAAAGCACUGUCUGACGUAGAACGUAGAGAUUUAGCCCAAGAGUUUUGUUGUCAGUGAAAAAGGUAUUAUACCAUUUUCUUUGCAUAAUAGAACUACUGCAGCGUGAUAUCGAAAAGUUAGAAGAGAGCUCUUAAAAGUUUGCAAUGGUACUUGCCCUUGGAUGCCUUGACCUGGAAUUGCACUCUCAUUCCGUGCUCUGUGGUCUUUUACUGAAUCUACUUAUCAUCAGUGAAGGCCGAAAAAAAAUAGCCUGAUCGCCAAGUCAUUUAAAUAAAGAGCUUUAGUUUUCAUACGUACUGUUCGUACAUGCUCACUAGAAGCCACACGGGAAAACAUCCUGCAGCGAGAAGCAAGCAACGAAGCCGCUAACCUGAGUUUCAGGCUGGUAUAGGAGAGAGGGAUUUGAAAAGACGAUCGGGGAGACAGGGGCGGGAAAGGAGGAACAACUGCAUGUCCGAAAAAGGUUGUUGAUUGGAUAAUAUAAAUCAAGCUGUUUGUAGGUGGAAGAGUCCAGUUAAAGUGUAUUCGCUAGAACUUUCUUCCCUUUACUCGCUUCCUCUUUGGCUCUUUUCUUCUCUUGGCUGAAACACCAUCAAAAUCUGGGUGGGGUGACAGGGGGAAGAAAAAUGGAGGAGGCUGCAGUGGUUUCAUCACUGACUUGGCUUUUCAUUUUGUUCAACCAUACUGUUAUGUGCCAUUAGUUGUGCAAUCAAACUUACACACUCUUGUUGUAUUUUCGUUUACAGAGGAGUUUUAACACUAUUUUCCGACUUAAGCAGAAAGAACUGGAAAAAACUGAACAGACCAGCAAGACUGAGCAAUGAAUUUGAAUCCUAUCGCUCUUGUAAAAGGACUUGGUGGUUUUGA